AUGGCAAAUACGAAAGGAGUGCCUAACAUCAGAAAUGCAGGAUGCAGUGGAAAACAGUCAUUUCUUCCUCCUAAAAGCCCUCUUCCUAGCAUAUCACAUGCCUAUGGGGAUUAUGGUUCUAACCCUUGUAUGGGAUCCAAAAACAUGCCAAGACCAAAAGAGGGGAACAUACAUCAUCAUCGAACUUCCUCUGGGAGUUUCCUUAUUGAGGAGCAACCUUCUUGGCUUGAUGACCUCCUUAAUGAGCCAGAGACUCCUGUGAGGAGAGGAGCUCAUCGGCGUUCAUCAAGUGACUCAUCUGCCUACUUGGACUUAUCGGGUAUUUAUCUAGAGAAAACGGGUCAGGAGGGACAUGAGCUUAGAAAUUUAGCAUUGGUUCCGUCUUGGGGAUCUCGUGAAUUAAAUCGUCAAAAAGAAAUACAGCACUCUUCUUAUUGUGUAGAAGGAAAUUCUGUUGGGAGGACACAGAGCAGAGAAUGGGAAUUUGGUUUGAGUGACAUGAACUAUCCUAGUAGCAAUCUAUCCACAAAAGAAAAGGUCGUGCUGCAAAGCCCAGGGACAAAAGGUGAUUGCAGUGAACCAGAAUCUGUGACAUCUACAGCGAAUGUGAAGAAUGGUGAGGAAGACUCUGCACCCCAGGAUUGCGAGAGAGGUGAAGGCUCGUAUGGAAAUUAUCUUCAGUCUGAACAAGAUCCAAAAAGAGCCAAACAGUGAGUAUCUUUUUAGCUUUCCCUUUUCACGACUAUGACUUACUGUCAACACUACUGGGUAAUAUGCUGAUUGUUGCUAUCAUAGUCUAAAAUUAAUCUUUUCAUCUCUUUUUGGCAAUAAUCAUACUCUCUUUGCUACAAAAUCGAUAUUUCUCACUGGCCUGAUUUAGUAGACUAGGCCUCAAACAAUAAAGAAAUGUCACUCCUUGUCUUUUUUUUUUUUUUGUAAAGUUCUCGGUGACGAUAUGAUUGCUGGAUUUAAACCUUCAAAUUUUUCUUUUUCGAUAGCCUCCUGAGUAAGACGGUAGUAUGAAAGAGGUUACUUAUUUCUUUGAUACUGAAUCCAACUAAUCGAAAGAAAGGAAGUCAACUGUAACCGUCUGAUCUGUAUAACAAUGAGAUUCAAUCCAAAACGAAAUUGGAAACAUUCAGUUUUAGAGUGUGCAUUUAGAAACCGUGUUACUGCUGUGGCUAGUUGUUCGGUCGACUCUCUCUUCUUGGUUGCGUGCCUUUUAUUGUUGUUCCGUGAGAAAUUGUUCUUCUGUAAGCUAGAGGCAGCUGUCAUAUUGGUUGGGUAAUUUUGGUGCCUCUUGGGGAUAAUAGAGGCAUAAUGUCUUCUGAAAAGCACAAACUUAGAAGCACAUUUCUACUCCAAAUACAUAAAUAUGUGGAAUUUAAAAAUUCACGGGUGUGUUUAUUUUUUACCCAACGAAACUAAUUUUGUAAAACGGAUUUGGUGGCAUCUACCGUACCUGUCGCCAUUUUCGUAUUUUGUCUCUGCUUUUCUUCCGAAUUUCUAUUCUCGGCCAUUCCUCUUGGUUAAUCAAUCUCCUCAAGAACUACGCUAUCUCCAUCUUCUGAUAAAAGGGGAAACCUCUAUCUGGAUCCACUGAGAUUAUCAACUGUGGUCGAUGUAAACAGGUAUACCUUUUAGCUUCUCUUAUCUAAACGACUGUCUUGUAGUUUACUGUUAACUCGCUAAUUUAAAAUUGUUCUUGCUUGAAAGCAAGGUGAACAUUUUAUCUCAUAACCACUUCUAAUUAUGGCAGGAAAUUUGCACAGCGGUCCCGUGUUCGGAAGCUUCAGUAUAUUGCCGAAUUGGAGAGGAAUGUUCAAGCAUUACAGGCAAGUAGUUUCGAGGAGGAUGUGAUUCUUUUGAGAUAAGGAUAAAAAUUGACAGAUCAUAAUUGUUAGUAAUCCUUGUUUUACUGAAAAUAGCGGUGUUAAGCAGUUUAAAAUUUGUUCACCGUUUUGCAGGCGGAAAUUUCUAAGGUUUGUGCAGAAGUAGAAUUUCUGGACCAGCAAACUAUCAUACUGAGCUUGGAAAAUAAGGCUCUUAAGCGAAGAUUGGACAGUUUGACCCAGGAGCAGGUUCUCAAAUGUGGUAAGUAUAUUCCAUUUUAUUUAUUUAUUUUUGAUGACCAUUGACCGUUCUUUUGUGCACGAGCGUGUCUCUUGGUGGGCCACCACUACGGGCCUUGUUCUUUAUUGGGGCACACAAGCCUUUUUUAUUUUAAAUAGAAUUGAAAAGUGAUAAAACCAAUGUUGCAACAAUGGGCGCUCAGAAAAUCAGAUUCAAAAUUGGUCUAUAUUGGUGUUUACUGUCCUCUUUUAGCAUUUUAGGGCCAAUUUUUUUCUCUAAGGAUUUCAGAUACUAAGUGUGAUGCUUUCUGGGAGUUACGGAUGAGGCAUGGGCAAUUUAUUGGCAAAAACGGAUCUUUAAUCAUUUAUUUUAUCGCCUCAGAAAAAGUAAAUCUUCUCAAGCAAUAUCUGACGAUGAUCUAUUAAGCUAGAUUAGUAAUCCUCAUCACUUUGUAUAGCUUUUAGAUUCUUCAGCGAAAAAGUUCCACACGUGAAGGUGACAGAGUGAUUCAUUUUGGCUUGCAGUCCAGCAGGAGAUGUUGGAAAGGGAGAUCUCUCGUCUCGGGGCCAUUUAUCAGCAACAACAUCGUCAUCAUCAGCAACCACAACCACCACCUCAUCCUGUGGCGACCCACGGGCGGACCAGCAGUAGAGAUCUUGUUUCAUUAUUUGACAGCCUCUCUCUGAAACACAGGAGGCCAAUCCUUGAUAGGAACCAGUAG